GUGUGUGGAGGAAGGAGGGGGGUCUCUAUAAUGAAGACAGCGCGCGGACAGACUUUUAACAAGCAGAUGAUGAUACGCUCUGCGCCUUUGGAUGCUGUGUUGUCUCUGACAGCGCUUGUAGAUCAUGCUAGAAAAGUUGUUGUCAGUUAUCAGUCACGCGCUGCUUGAAUGUCUUGCGUCCAAUUAACGCGACGCGCAGUCUUGAGUGAACGCGCGGAAGUAUAUUAUAAACUUUUCAUGUUGUGGACUAUUGGGGAAAGGAGUCAGUCUUGUUUAAGCAUCUUUAAGCAAUGUUUAUUCAAAGUUGUCACAGGUAACCGAACGCAUCGUGAGGUAACUUCACGGAUUGCUGCAUCUCAUUUGUGUAUUGGAAUUGAGGCUAGCGCUCUACGUAUACGAGUACUUGUUACAUGUAGGAGCCCAGAAGUCGGCACAGACCUUCCUGUCAGAGAUAAGAUGGGAGAAGAACAUAACGUUAGGAGAACCUCCUGGAUUUCUACAUUCAUGGUGGUGUGUAUUCUGGGAUUUGUAUUGUGCGGCACCUGAGCGGAGAGAAAACUGCGAGCAUUCCAGUGAAGCCAAGGCAUUUCAUGACUACAGCGCAGCAGCGGCUCCAAGUCCUGUUCUUGGAAACAUGCAGCCAGGAGAAGGGAUGCCAGUCGGCCCUGUUCCUCCAGGCUUCUUUCAGCCUUUUAUGUCGUCUCGUUAUCCCGGUGGCCCCAGACCUGCUCUCAGAAUACCAAACCAGGCGUUAGCUGGAGUUCCGGGAAACCAGCCGCUGAUCGACCCGUCACGACAGCAGGGUCAUCCAAAUAUGGCCGGGGCUAUGCAGAGAAUGACUCCGCCCAGAGGGAUGGUUCCUCUGGGGCCGCAGUAUGGAGGAGGCAUGAGGCCCCCACUCAACGCCCUCGGUGGACCCCCAAUGAACAUGGGUCCUGGAGGAAGACCGUGGCCCAAUCCACCAAACUCCAACUCGAUCCCGUAUUCAUCGGCGUCUCCUGGCAGUUACGUGGGUCCGCCGGGAGGAGGAGGGCCGCCAGGGACACCCAUCAUGCCCAGCCCUGCAGACUCAACAAACUCUGGAGAAAACAUGUACACCAUGAUCAACGCAGUGCCGCCCGGAGCAAACCGGCAAAAUUUUCCUCUGGGUGCGGGUGGCGAGGGGCCGUUGGGGGGUCUGGCAGGACUGGAGCCGCAUCAUAUGAACGGAUCAUUAGGCUCAGCUGAUAUGGACAGUAUGCCCAAAAAUUCUCCUGGUAACCUGAGCAUGAGCAACCAGCCCGGGACGCCUCGAGACGAUGGGGAAAUGGCCGGAAAUUUCCUCAACCCUUUCCAGAACGAGAGCUAUUCUCCCAACAUGACCAUGAGUGUGUGAAGAGCUCUUCUGUUGGAGAUCCAGCACUGCUUAUGGAUGUUCUGAAGCGCUGUAGCCUGAGCUCUUCUGCUCUCUGAAGAUCAAGGGUCCAAGACUCUCCGUCCUCCUCUCUCCUUCUGCCGUUUCUUUCAUUUCCAGAAUCAUCCUUUCAGCCGAAGCCGUCCAGAUGAUGAAACAACAACCUGUCUAUAUUUACCUACAGUUCUGUGCAAAAGUCUUAGGCCUCUAAAAUUUUAACCUCCCAAUUAAAGGUUUAAAGUGGGUUAUUUCUAUAUUUUCCUGUAGCAUGUCAGUUUCAAGGAUUAAUUUACAUUCCCAAACAUUAUUUUUGUCAUAUAACUGUUAGAUUAUUUGCAGUCUUUCUGGAAUGACAUGAAGAAGCAGAACAAACUGAGACAAACUUAAUCCAGAAGAUCUUAGGCAACAUCUCCAAGAUACUUCAGACAAUCGCCAUAAAAAGCUGCGGUACUGUUUAAAGUUUUGGGCACUUGUGUAAAAAAGCUGUGAAAUAAAGAUGCUUUAAAAAAUAAUGCAUAAAUACAUUUUAUUAAUCAAUAAACUUAUUUAGCAUUUGAUCUGAGCACACUUUGCAUUUGAAACACUUGCUACUCUUGCCCAGAGUUUCUCAAGUAACUUUGCAUGUGGGUUUUCUGAAGCAUCUAGAGAUAUUUGCCAAGUUCUUCUCGGUUUGUUUUGCUUCUUCUUGUCAUUCCAGACAGCCUGGAUAUAAUCUCACAGCAGAAAUACAAUUAAUGACAAAAAUAUUGUUGGAGUUUCCAAAUAGAGGCCUCUUUUUUUAGUGACUGGCUUCUUGGACUUACCUCCACUUUACAUUUGGAAAGAAUUAGAAAUGCCACCUCGGGGAACAAUGCAAAAUUUGAUAAAAUGUGGGAUCCAGUUUUUUUUUUAAAGACUUUAAAGACUAGUAAUGUUAUUUAAGUUCUGAAGAUUUGUAAGUUGUUGUUUUUUUCUCUCUUUACAUCCAUUGUGAUCUCUUUUUGUAGGUCAUAUAUGUCUUGUAUGUGGCCGUUUUUCCUUGUUUCAUGCUUUAUUUAACAUUUUGCACAGUUUGUUACACAAUGGGGAUUGUCUGUCUGUUCUCCGUCUCCAAAAACAAUAAUAAAAAAAUGUUUGGAAAUGUAAAUUGAUCUUUCAAACUGACAUGCUAAAGACAAAUAUCAAAAUAACCCAACUUUAAACCUUUUUAGGGGAAAAUACUAGUGACUUGAGACUUUCAACCCAGGCUCAUUGUUGAUACGUACCCCUGUAUACAUUUCUGGAGAGCGCCAAAUACGUCCCAGGAGAUACAUUUUUUUUGCAGUUUUUGUUUUUGUGAAUCCACCAGAGGCCGCUGUGUACGCUUUUUCAGAUCUCAAAUUUGUCUUUCGAGUGCCAUUUACGCCUAUUGCUCACGCGCCAAUCCACCAGAGGCCGCUGUGUACGCUUUUUCAGAUCUCAAAUUUCUCUUGCGAGUGCCAUUCACGCCUAUUGCUCACGCGCCAAUCCACUAGAGGCCGCUGUCGACUGACUGACUCACCAACCGACCAAUCCCCCCACUUUCCCCCUUAUUUACACCCAACCAAUAGUGUAUUAAAAAGCACCGAUUGACCCACCCACCCUCUUCCUUAAACCCAACCGACAGUGUUUUCAAAAGCAAUCCAGAAAAAGAAAAGCCCUAGCCUGAUUUUUCACCACGUUUUCAGAUUUUACCACUUUCUCACCCUGUUAUUUACUCGUUUCGUUUAUUUUUUGCCUUUAGUUUUUACCUUCUUUCUGGAACCGUUCUUCGCCGGACUCGAACCUCCUUAUCACAGUCAACUCCUCUCUGAAUUUCAAGUUCACCGACAUAAGUGGCGAGCCACUGGACAAACUGGUAAGAGCGGAAGAGCCACGCACAUGGAGCUAAGUUUACAGGUGGUAGUGCGAAAAGAAACAGAAGCCAUCAGCGGCGUCUGCCCUGUAGCAUUCCUUUUAAAGACAAAAUGCAGCAUUUAUGCCGCUCUGGCUACAUAAUUCACGCUCUCCAGAAAUGUAUACGGGGGUACAUUUUCACAAUGAGCCUGUGUUGAAGACUUCUGGACAGUACCGUAUAUCUCUGUGUAUAUAUGUGGAUGUGCAUUCAAAGUUAAAUGUGCAUGAUGUGUGUAAGAAAGGACACUUGCUGAUUCUCCAACAAGCUUGAAAGACGACGGAACUGUUUUUCAUAUUAAAUCAUAUUUUCUUUAAA